CGGAACCGUGGUGGAGGCUGGAGCGGGGCGGCGGGAUGCAGCGACCCGGGCCCUUCAGCACCCUCUACGGGCGGGUCCUGGCCCCGCUGCCCGGGCGGGCCGGGGGCGCGGCCUCUGGCGGAGGCGGGAACAGCUGGGGCGUUCCGGGUUCCCACGUGCAGUUGCCGGGACGCGCGCAGUUCGGCGCUGGCAGCGCAAGUACAGCUGGCGGGGACGCUAGCAGCGUCUGCCCGGCCCCCUCCACGAUGUCCAAGGCCGAGGAGGCCAAGAAGCUGGCGGGCCGCGCGGCCGUGGAGAACCACGUGAGGAAUAACCAAGUGCUGGGAAUUGGGAGUGGUUCUACAAUUGUCCACGCUGUGCAGCGAAUAGCUGAAAGAGUGAAACAAGAGAAUCUGAACCUCGUCUGUAUUCCCACUUCCUUCCAGGCCCGUCAGCUCAUCCUGCAGUAUGGCUUAACUCUCAGUGACCUGGACCGACACCCAGAGAUUGACCUUGCCAUCGAUGGUGCUGAUGAAGUAGAUGCUGAUCUCAAUCUCAUCAAGGGUGGUGGAGGCUGCCUGACCCAGGAGAAAAUUGUGGCUGGCAAUGCCAGUCGCUUCAUCGUGAUUGCCGAUUUCAGGAAGGAUUCAAAGAACCUCGGGGAUCAGUGGCACAAGGGAAUCCCCAUCGAGGUCAUCCCGAUGGCCUAUGUCCCCGUGAGCCGAGCUGUGACCCAGAAGUUUGGGGGUGUGAUUGAACUUCGAAUGGCUGUCAACAAGGCAGGUCCUGUGGUGACGGAUAAUGGGAAUUUUAUCCUGGACUGGAAGUUUGACCGGGUCCACAAAUGGAGUGAAGUGAACCCAACGAUCAAAAUGAUCCCAGGCGUGGUGGACACGGGCCUGUUCAUCAACAUGGCGGAGAGAGUCUACUUCGGGAUGCAGGACGGCUCGGUGAACAUGAGGGAGAAGCCUUUCUAAACUGGCCCCGCAGGAGCGGAAUGUGUUCCCCUUGUGUCCCCAGCCCGCCGCCGAGGCGGACAUGCCUCUCCAGGAGCCUUUGCCUUAAUGUAUCUGUGCCAGGUGGACACUUGGCAGGGUGGGGGGUUGAGGGUUAAAUUUGGUCUUCUGAAGUAUUGUUAUUAAAUGUCUUUUUAAAAAGAGAAAUAUAAACAUAUAUAUUUUUACUAUUACAAAUACUCAGUUGUUUUUUUAUAAAGUAGAACUUGAUUUCAUGUUUUAUAUGAAACAUUUACCAAAAAAAAGGAGGACUGUCUUUUAAACUUUUAACUUGAGCCUGCUUGCUGGUUAUGGUGAAGCCUCUGAAUAUUGGGUUUGCUCAGAAAUGUAAAUCAAACUUUUCUUUAAACUGGUGAAAUGAAGGGCCCAGCCAGCAGUGAUUCCCUGAUGCCUUACUGGAAACACUGGAGUUUGUUUACUUUUCUACCACACUGUUUUAUUUUUAGUUUUUGUUGUGUACAGACGCACAGUGUGUAGUUACGUGUUGGAAGAUGUGAAUGACAAAAAGUCCGGUGAGUGUAGGGGUGUGGUGUGUGUGACUCAGAGUGUGUAGACCACCAGGGGGAAAAUAUGGGGGCUCUUUUGCUGAGAACAGGGGGUUCAUUCAGACCCCUCUUGUUGGAAGCCGUUGGCUAGAAGUACUUGCCAGUACUGCCAGAGCACUGCUGUGAAUCACCUUUAAAUGACUGUCUUUUCGUCGUUAAUAUUUUUUUUUUGUUCCUUUAUGGUUAUUUGCAUGGUUUGGCAUCAGAAGUUGUUACCUCUUUAUAUUGUUUGAAGGUUGAAAUAAAACAGUACGGUGACAUUUUGA